AUGGCCGUCGCCUACCUGCUGGGCAACGGCUCCGCGCCGCUCCUCGCCGGCGCCCUGGAGGUCCCCUUCGCCGCCAACGGCUCCGCCGCCGCCGCCUGCCGCCCCGCCGCGCCGCCCUGCGCGGCCGCGCCGCCGGGCGCCUGGGGCAACGCCUCGGCGGCGGCGGCGGCGGCGGCGGCGGUCUGGAAUCGCUCCGAGCCCUGCGGCGGCGCCAACGGCAGCGCGGGCGGCGGCGGGCCCUGCGCGCCCGCGGGCAGCGGCCCCUCCGUGGUCACGGCCAUCGCCAUCAUGGCCCUCUACUCCGUGGUCUGCGUCGUGGGGCUCUUCGGCAACUUCUUGGUCAUGUAUGUCAUCGUCAGGUACACGAAAAUGAAGACGGCCACCAAUAUCUAUAUUUUCAAUCUUGCAUUGGCAGAUGCCCUAGCAACAAGUACUCUGCCAUUCCAGAGUGUAAAUUACUUGAUGGGAACAUGGCCAUUUGGUACCAUCCUUUGUAAGAUUGUUAUAUCCAUAGACUACUACAAUAUGUUCACCAGUAUCUUUACACUGUGCACCAUGAGUGUGGAUCGCUACGUAGCUGUUUGCCACCCAGUUAAGGCUCUUGAUUUCCGUACCCCCAGAAAUGCCAAAAUUGUCAAUGUCUGCAACUGGAUUCUUUCUUCUGCCAUUGGCCUGCCAGUUAUGUUCAUGGCAACUACUAAAUACAGGCAUGGCUCUAUUGACUGCACACUUACGUUCUCUCACCCUGCGUGGUACUGGGAGAACCUUCUGAAAAUCUGUGUGUUCAUCUUUGCCUUCGUCAUGCCAGUCCUGAUCAUUACCGUGUGCUACGGGCUGAUGAUUUUACGCCUGAAGAGCGUUCGCAUGUUAUCUGGCUCCAAAGAGAAGGACAGGAACCUGCGGAGAAUCACGAGGAUGGUUCUUGUAGUGGUGGCGGUGUUUAUUGUGUGCUGGACUCCCAUCCACAUUUAUGUCAUCAUUAAAGCCCUGGUCAACAUCCCAGAAACUACUUUCCAGACUGUCUCCUGGCACUUCUGUAUUGCUCUAGGGUAUACAAAUAGCUGCCUUAAUCCAGUCCUUUAUGCAUUUCUAGAUGAGAAUUUCAAACGGUGUUUCAGAGAGUUCUGCAUCCCCACUUCCUCAACCAUUGAGCAGCAAAACUCCACCCGAGUCCGACAAAACACUCGUGACCAUGCUUCCACUGCCAACACUGUGGACAGGACUAACCAUCAGAAUUGUUUUCUGUGCAGGUUAUUUGUGUGCUGAAAUCUCACAAGAUCAUCUAGAACAACACACUUGCAGUUCAAGAGAUCUUCUCUUACAAGGAUUGCAUGUUCCACAAUUUCAAAGGGAAAAUAUUUCUUUCAGUGCUCACUUAACAAAAAACAAAACUCCAAGCUUCACCUUCUGCUUCUGUUUCUCACAUAAAAAACAGACUUUAAAAUCAAAACAAUGAGCUAUCACUUCUUCUAAAAGAGAUGAGUAAAUGAAAGUAUGCCAUGUUGUUAUUGAUCGUCAAAUGAUCCCCAAAACAGCAUAGACUCUAUUAACAUAAAUUCCUGUGUGAAUAGAAACCUACCUAUAAGCCUGUCAGAGCUAGCACAGGCUGAUGAUGACUUCUCUUGCAAGUAGUUUCUCAAAUUUCAGCUGCCCUGUCAGCAACAUUUUGAAUGUAUAAGUCAUUGACAGUCCCUAUGUGA